UCUUCUGCCACCACGUGGUGGUUGCAGGUGUUUUCAUCACGGCCGACGUCCUCUGGUUUCUUAGCAACCAGUGUGUUUGAAAAGUGUAACCGCUAGCUAAGUUUGUCGUGUCUGAGCCCGUUUCAACUUUAACACCGCGUACUAAUUUUUAAUAUCAAACAAUGUUGAACGUUGAUGGCUUUGGGACAGCUCUGCAGAGGCGUCGCUGCAGAGAGACUGAAAGACAAGAAAGGGUUUUUAAUGACAAGAUGAGGACGAUCGGGGUUGACACGGAGGCCUUGAACGUGCAGAUAAAGGAAAAAGAGAAACAACAAGAGGCCGCGAAAGAGGAACAAAACGCUUACCAUGCUUAUAUGCUCCAUAAUAGCAAAGUAGCUUGCCUACUCCAAAGCAGAGAAGUGAAGGAGAAGCGAGUGAUGGAGAAGGCCAUCGCGGACUACCGGCAUCAGUACCAGAGGCCUCAGUGGCAGCAGGAGUAUGAGCUGACUGGGCCCGACAACUGGAAACAAACAGACCUGUGUGAUGCACAGAUGAUGCCCCCUGGCCUGCCGGGCGAGGACCCCGACAGUAAGAGCAGGCGACAGAGGCAAAGGGAGCAGCUCAGAGAGUGGCUCAUCCAGCAGCAAAGUGAGCUGGCAGCAGAAAGGCAUCAACAAAAGAUUGAGGAGCAACUUUAUGACCAAAGCAGAGUAGACAUGGACAACAAAACUCUGCAGCUUCAGAGCACUGAGAUGGAGAGGAGAAAAGCAGCAACUUUAGCCACUAAAGAGUACAAUCUGGCCAAGAUUGAAGAGAAGCGUCACCAGGAAGAGGAACACAAUGAUAAGGGUGUAGAUGUGGACCCCACCCUGGGCAUGGUGGGAGUACCCGGUCUUUGUCCCAGCAGUGAUAAAAGAGCCCCCCCAGAGAGCCUACAGCACAUCAUCCAGUUCCAGAAAUAUCAAAUGGAGGAGAAAAAGAGGCUAGAACUGGAGAGAAAGCGGGAAGAGGAACAACAUGAUCGUGUCCGCUUGGACUCGGCUCGCACGUCUCUGUUAAUAGAGAGGCAGCAGGCAAGACUGAGCAAGCAGCUGAGACAACACCUGGACAACACCAACGUCAAGCUGGCCCAAAUACACAAACAACAGAAACCGGACAUUGAAAGAGGAUGCAUUGAAGACAGCUUCUUCUCCAAAUUCAACACCUGCAGCAGAUGAUGGAAGGCACGCUGCACUGCUGACUGGCUCAUUACAGUGGCUAAGCACUGAUAAUGGAGCUACGUGGGAAGGAUGCUGAAUAAACUGAAGCACAGUAAAUGAACACUUUUUUAAUUAGGGAAAAAAAGAAUUUCACAACAUUUAUUCAUGUCUAGAUGAUUCUGACAGCUGUUGAUUUUGUCACAGCCGGGCUCUUAGACUGGGCAAAUACGGUGUGCUAACAGAAGUAAGAAAAAACAAUCCUGGCUUUGAUUAAUUCAAUUUCUUUCUUUUUUAAACAGAUAACAUAAAAAGUGCCUUCAUGAGCAAAGGUUCAGCUUUACCCCUUCUUACAUCUUUGACAGCUAAAAAAAACAAAACAAUAUGACAUUGAAGUAAAAACCUGUAAAACUAUGUAAAAAAAACCUUUGUUUUUCAAGAACGUUGUUUCCAAGCCCACAGGAUUUACCACCUAUUUUAACGAGCUAUGCUUUAUCACUCUUAUAAAGCACAAACGCACUAUGAAGAGAAGUCA